AUGAAGCCUGGCGUCGCUCUAGCUCUCAGCUGCGGCAUCACCUUGACGGCUGCAAGCCCUCAUCCCGAGCUUCAAUGGGAUCCAGACACCAUCUCUACCUGCAGGGAAUGGUUCAAUAAUGCCGGCUCAGACACUUGCGAGUCCAUCCGCUCCAUGUUUGCAAUCUCUCCUGAAGAAUUCCAUAAGUGGAACCCUUCUGUUGGCGUCGACUGCAAGCCGUGGAGAUACCAGUCGUACUGCAUCCUUACCGAGGAGAAAUGGGCCAGCUAUACUUCCACACAUACCACCACCUCAAAGGCAAAACCUACCACAACCUCCUCGUCGUCUACGCAUGUGCCGUCUCCUACUUCUUGGAACGCCCUGGGAUGCUAUACAGACAACGAUGCCAAGUAUCCUGUUUUGGGGAAACAGGUGAGCAGCAACGGCGCUGCUCUCCAGGUCAAGACUUGUGAGGACCAGUGCUGGAAAGCGUCUAACGGUACCGUGCUGUACGCCGGUGUCAAGCAGGGCAACCAGUGCUGGUGUGGUAGCUUUGUCGGCGGACAGACGACCUGGAACGCGACGGAGUGCAACAGUCCGUGCAGUGGAAACAAGCAGGAGAUAUGCGGUGGCAAGGAUAGAAUCAAUAUCUUUGAGCCUGUGACUACUACCGCCAUCUCUAAGACUACUAUAGCCGUUGGUUCCAGAAUUACUACCGUUAUCAGUUUUGCCGCAACUUCUAGCACUACGGCCAUCACCACUUCUAAGCAGUCUUCUGGAGCAGUUAAAAACAAAGGCAUGUUCUAA